UGUUACAGAGGGUGCCGCGCCGCCACGCCCUCCCUGCCGCACCGCCGGUCCGCACCCUCCUCCCUCCCCCUACCCGAAGCCCAUAGCCCGCCGGCGCCGGGAGGUCAGCUCCUCCACUUCUGUCGGGGAAUUUGCUGUUCGUCUUCCUCUUGGGGCGAAAGAGGGAUCCAGCUUGUCGUUUCGGAUCGUUGGGCUUGGCGGCUUCCAGCUCGUUGUCGCCUUCAAGGACAUCUGCAACGCAUCAGCGAGGUUCAAGCAGUGGUCAACAAGUAUGACAUUCUUUUCAUAGCAGAAGAGGCUCUUUCAAAUGCCUACGUACCCAUCGGAGCAACUCUCUCUAGGCCAGAGAUAUCAGAUGUGAUUCAUUCCCAGAGCAAUAAGCUUGGCAGAUUGCUUCAAAGUAUCAGGAUGGAAUUAGGGCAUUUGCUGACAGUCCAAUUAUCGGGAGAUAUGUGGCUUAGGGAUGAUAAUGGGAACUGAAUUCACCAAUAACAAGUUACCAACUGAUCUAUUCCCUGCUGAAUGGGUUAAUAUUGCUGCAAUACAUGUGAUUGGAUUAUUCUAUAGAGUCCAUUUCUGGCAAAUAAGGCAAGUAGGAUAUUUGAUUGCUUUUGUAAGAACUGUUUGGCUAUAGCAGUGUUCAAGGAAUCACAAUAGUGAGGUAGUGGCUAGAUCUGCAAAUUCAGAUUUUGCAAUAGAAGGAGCCAAGAAGGAGCCAAAGCAGUAACUCAUUGCGCACUGUCCAGUAGUCUUCAAUUUCAAUAAUCGCUAAUUCUUUCUUACUAUUACAUAGUAAUAAUAUAGCAUGUUCAUUAUUGCCUCAUGGUAUUUCACAUAGUCAAUAAUUAUGUUUGUUGUUUGCGUGAAGUGUCACGUGGAUUU